AUGAGUGAAGCAACGAGCAUUGCUGCUCUGUCAAGUGAGAAGAGACAGAUCCUGCACGAUCCAAUGUUAGUGGAGGAUUUUAGUGAUGUUGUGAGACCUGUUACAAAGUCAGAGGAGAGUGGAAGUGUGGUGGUAACUGCAAACACCAACAUGAUCGCACCUGAAGAGCCACCACACGAUAUGGAUUAUUCAGAUAGUGAAUUUGAGGACAAUCUAGAGCAAAGAAUGAUGGAGUUACGUGGUGGUACCGGAUCAUCUACUGAUGUCUCGUUGAAUGAGGCACGAACAGAGUUGAGAAGUAAACUACAGCAAGAGGGACCCUCAUUGGAGUUUUCAGAUGAUGAUGAUGAUGAGGAAGAAGAAGAGGAAGAGGAAGAGGAAGAAGAAGAUCAUGAAGAAAAAGUUCAUGAGGAGAAUAAUGGCAACGAUUCUGACGAUGUUGAUGAUACAGAGGAUAUUGCUGAUGACGACAAUGACGAUGAAGAAUUUCAACCUUUAGCGCCACCCCAAGAACUAGACCCAGAUAAGUUGUACGCACUGUAUGCAUUUAACGGUCCAGAUACUUCACAUUGUCCUUUAGAGCAGGAUGAAGCCUGCAUUUUAUUGAACGAUCAAGAUUCUUAUUGGUGGCUAGUUAAGCGAUGCCAUGAUAACAGAAUCGGGUUUGCCCCAGCUGAGAUUCUAGAGACAUUUCCUGAGAGAUUAGCAAGACUGAACUGUUGGAAGAAUGAGAAUCUGUCGUCAUCAUCACGGCUCGAUGAAAAAAAUAAACUUCAUUUGGAAGAUUACAACAAAAGUAGCAAGUCUGUGUCGUUCAACGAUAUUGUCAGUUACGCCGAUCGUUAUGUAGACAGCGAUGAAGAGCCUCAACAGGAGGAUACUUUUGGUAAUGAAGCAACACGGUUUAAUGAUGAAACAAGUGAUACCGUUAGUGAUGUGUCAUUCACUACCGGUUACACGCAACCUUUAGUAUACAAGAAAACAAGAAAACAACAGGAUAUCGAUGAUGAAAAAACAUUACAGGAUGAUAUCGAGGGAUUGUUGAACCCUACUGUUAUCACCAGUACGCAACAUGCAGGUGAAACCAACGAUAAUGAAAACGAAGAAGAUGAUAUUACAAAGGUAUUUGAAGCACCGGUGGUACCGUUCAAACAGGGUAAAUUACGUACCUCACGUUCAGAAAAUUCUAUAUCCUCCAUAGGAGAAUUUUCACCAUCCUCAUCCUCAGACCAAACGAACGAUUCUCCGCAGGACCAUACAAUGACAGAGUCACCAUUACGACCUUUACCACAAUCUCAUGCUAUUCAUUCCAUUUCAAAUAUUGUAACAUCUCAAGAACUAUCUCCAGUAACAUCUCAAGAGGAGUUUUCAAUGAUUCCUUCCACUGAAGAUGGUUCUCCACAUCCUGCAAUUGCCCGCAUUUAUGAUCCGUUUUUCACCCAGAUCGACAGCAUGUUGCAUCAUCUUGAUUUAUUACUGCAACCACAGUCAUAG